AUGUGUCCGAAUAAACUACCUGCCAAAGCUACCAGACCGCCUGCAGCAAAGCGACACAAUGCGGUUGAGGUGUGGAAAGGUGGCAAGGGUUUUUGUUCUGAAUCGGGCUGGGAGAAGAAGCUAACGAAAGAGGCUUUCCUCUUCUCGCCUCUAGUGACGACAAGCUCUCCAAUGCUCCAAUGCACGCCGAUAGCAGGGGAAGCAGCAACAAGCGACAGGACACACCGGAAGGCCAGGAAAAAGGGUGUCGAGGAGAUGCGAGGGUAA